CGGCGAGAGAGAAGGAAAAAAAGGAGAAUCUGCGGAUCAACAUCGCGAACUCAUGGCGUUUUCUGCUUCUCCGGGGACUGAAGUUUAAUUACAAAAGUACAAUGCAGCACCUAAAGCCUUGCCAAGGUCUUUCACAGCUCUUCCUUAUCAGAAGUCAAAGUUCCAGGAUUUCAAAGGGCAUUAUCCCGCUGUUGUCCGUUUGGGAUAGGCAUCUGUCCUCUCGCUGGAGGAGCUCUGGUGGUCAUGGAGGGCAGAAAUUCUUCAAUAAUAAUGGGCAGAAGUUUCGAUUUGCUCUGGCAGGGCUGCUGGCCGGUACUGGAGCUGUUCUGGCCUAUAAGCUCCACCAAAGCAAGGUUCAGUGGGCAGCUUCUUCAGUCCAGUUACCAGUAACUUCAGCUCCUCCCGUUUACACUCUUGAAGAAGUCACAAAGCACCGUUCCCUUGACAAUGGUGUCUGGGUCACCUAUAAAGGAGAAGUCUACGACAUCACAGAGUUUGUGUCCAUGCACCCCGGUGGCGAUAAAAUACUUCUGGCUGCAGGAGGCGCUCUUGAGCCCUACUGGGCAUUAUAUGCAGUCCACAAAGAAGAGCACGUCCUAGAAAUCCUCUCCGAGUACAAAAUUGGUGUUCUUAAUCCAGAAAGCCUAAAGAGGCAGGAAAGCACCGACCCAUUAGACCCUUACUCUGGUGAGCCCAAUCGCCACCCCGCUCUUCAGAUCAACAGUUUAAAACCUUUCAAUGCCGAACCACCAGCUUCUGUACUGGCUGAUAGCUACAUCACACCAUCGGCCAUCUUUUUUAAGCGCAACCAUCUUCCGGUGCCAAAGGUAGAUCCUGAAACCUACAGACUAGAGAUCGAGGGUCUUCCUAGUGGAGUUGUGUCUGUUACACUAAGCGAGUUGAAAUCUUGUUUUCCGAAACGUACAAUUACGGCAACACUUCAAUGCGCUGGUAACCGUCGAUCCGAGAUGAACAAAGUCAAACAAGUAAAAGGACUCAAUUGGGGAAUUGCUGCAAUAAGCAACGCAACAUGGUCCGGUGCAAGUCUCCGAGAUGUACUCAUUCACUACGGGUUUACGCCAGAAGUCGCAAUCAAUGCUAAACAUGUCCAGUUUGAAGGAUUAGACAAGGAUGUGACUGGAACUGCAUACGGUGCUUCGAUUCCACUCAACAAAGCAAUAAGUGAAGAAGGAGAUGUUCUUCUUGCAUAUGAGAUGAAUGGAGAAGAUCUUCCGCCGGAUCACGGGUAUCCAGUAAGAGUGGUCGUACCUGGAGUUGUCGGAGCCCGAAAUGUCAAAUGGCUCGGAAGAAUUGUGGUAAGCGAUGAAGAAAGCAAGAGUCACUGGCAGCAGAAUGAUUACAAAGGCUUCUCUCCUGGUACCGACUGGGACACGGUGGACUUCAAAUCAGCGCCGGCAAUUCAAGAGCUCCCUAUACAGUCGGCAGUUACGCACCCUGCUGAGGGAACAUCAGUGGAGCGUGGAGAUCAGGAGGUGACUGUUAAAGGCUAUGCAUGGAGUGGAGGGGGAAGGGAGGUUGUUAGAGUUGAUGUCUCGAUUGAUGGAGGGAACGCAUGGCAUGUUGCUAAACUUCGUAGUAGUGAUUUGGAACAAAACCCUGCUCCUGGAAGAGCUUGGGCUUGGAAGCUGUGGGAGAUUGACGUCCCGCUGCCUGAUGCAGCCAAAGAGCUGGAGAUUGUAUGCAAAGCUGUGGACAAUAGUUAUAAUACGCAACCUGACACUGUAGCCCCUAUUUGGAAUCUACGAGGGGUACUUAGCAAUGCGUGGCAUCGAGUAAAGGUUAAGGUAAAAGAUGAUUUGAAAGACCAAAUAUAGCCUUGAAAAGCUGGGAUUUUGUCAC